GACAACAGGAAGUAAAUGUCCUCUGCUCGCUGUCAAACGUUGAUGGUGAAACCACUGGUCCGGAAAACCAAAUACCAUGUAUAGGUUAUUUGUGCGGUCGCAGCGUAUAUAGAUUAGCAUAUGUUCUGAAGAAAUACAGCCUCCCUUUGCGGAUAUCGACGGUGUUUCGCUGGAAAUCCGCAAAAGGUCUUCGGACAGUCCGGCUUGAGCCUUAGCUAGCUAACGCCGGCUAGCUUUUGUGGGAACGGGGUGUCAAGCUAGCUCGACGCGACUCAGCUGUGAAGAGUGUAUUCACCGGAGGAGAAACCGCAGAAAUGAAUCACAUCAUCGCCAGUUCUGUGUUGCAAUGAGGAGCGCUGGAGCCCGGCUCUAAGACCUCUGAGCCAUGAACUCGGUUUCCCCCAGUGCAGUGCAGUAUGUGGGGGGAGUGAUGCAGGAUGAGCUGGUGGAGACCCGGAGGCAGCAGCCCCUGGAGCGACGAGGCAGCUUUGGUCGCAGGCAGACCCAGAGUCCAGAUCCCAGCAGAGAGGCAACCGGAGAGCCGGAUGAAGUCGACAAACUCAAGGCCAAGCUGAUGUCGGCGUGGAACAACGUCAAAUACGGCUGGUCUGUUAAAUCUAAAACCACCUUCAACAAGACAUCCCCUGUCACCAUCCUGGGACACUCCUAUCUGCUCAACAGUGAGGAUGAGGUAGAGCGUUUCCGGUUGGCCUUUGUAUCCAGGCUCUGGCUCACCUACAGGAGGGAGUUCCCUCAGCUGGAGGGCUCCAGCUGGACCACGGACUGUGGUUGGGGCUGCAUGCUGCGCAGUGGGCAGAUGCUUCUGGCACAGGGGCUGCUGGUCCAUUUGAUGCCACAAGACUGGGCUUGGCCAGAUGCACAGCAGCUAUCCGAUGUGGACUUGGAGGUGUUCAGGCCGCACUCCCCAGCGCGUGCUGGAGGGGUCCCUAUCCCCUCCUUUGGGUCUCCGCGGGGGCCCAGCACCCCACAGAAGUCCUUAACAAGUGAACAGACAUCCAAGUGUAUCCCGAGGAAGAAGCCUGAGUGUGGGAGGGACAGGCAGGCAGAGUCCACCCACCGCAAACUGCUGACCUGGUUUGGAGACCAGCCUCCAGCUCCUUUUGGGGUUCACCAGCUGGUGGAACUGGGCAAGAGUUCAGGGAAGAAGGCUGGUGACUGGUAUGGCCCCUCUGUAGUGGCACACAUACUAAGGAAAGCAGUGGCAAAAACCUCUGAGGUCCACAACCUGGCUGUGUAUGUGGCUCAAGACUGUACAGUGUACAAAGAGGAUGUGGUACAUCUGUGUGAUCAGUCACUAAGCCAGACUCCCUCUGAACCGCCCAGCCAAGCCUGGAAGUCAGUCAUCAUACUGGUGCCUGUCCGGCUGGGAGGCGAGGCACUCAACCCCUCCUACAUCGAAUGUGUCAAGAACAUCCUGCAGCUGGAAUGUUGUAUUGGAAUAAUUGGAGGCAAACCCAAGCAUUCACUCUACUUCAUAGGCUUCCAAGACGAGCAGCUGCUGUAUCUGGACCCUCACUACUGUCAGCCUGUGGUGGACGUCACACAAGUCAACUUCCCACUGGAGUCAUUCCACUGUAGUUCUCCCAGAAAGAUGCCCUUCAGCCGCAUGGAUCCCAGCUGCACCAUCGGAUUUUACGCCAAGAACAAGAAGGACUUUGAGUCUCUGUGUUCUGCUGUCAGUGCGGCCCUGUCAUCAUCCAAGGAGAAGUACCCCAUCUUUACAUUUGUGGAGGGCCAGGGUCAGGACUAUGGACUAGAGGGCCACAGCAGUAACCACAGCGGGCCUGCAGCCCACAUCCUGCCCCCGGGCAGGCUGAGCAGGAGCAACAAUAUAGGCAGCACCGAUGAGUUUGUCUUCCUGUAAGACACUCUGCACUGAGGAGGAUGCACUCCAAACUGUGACCCACAGGGGUCAGAAGAGGGCGCCCUUUUUCUCACUUCAAAGAGAAAAACACUAUUCUCCGGAUGGUGCAGCCUCAAGGCGGACUGACGCUUGUGUGCUUCAUCACCCUCACUGGUUCAUGGCCCUUGCUGCGAGUCAUCACCUCUGUGGACCAACAUGGGUAUUUAUAAGCUAACAGGCAUCACUGGGCACUGCUGGAGCAUUAUUUUCCAACUGAGCAAAAAACAUUAUUUCAAAAUGGAAUAUUGUUUCAAAUGUUUGAUGUACUUGAGAUGUGCUUGAAGCAUAUGCUUUUUCAAGUACUCCAAAAAUAAUUCAGCUACUGUUUUUUUUUUUUGUUUGUUUGUUUGUUUUUUUUGUGCCCAGGUUCGAGCUGGAGAUGCUAAAGCUAUUGUGUGGUGUACAUGGUAUUUUAAAAAAAACUCACAAGUUGAGAAGGGGGAGGAUUAUAAUGAGAGACACUUGGGAGAGGUCCCUAAUAUUGUCCUUGAUAGUAAGGACUUGUAUUAUAAACCAUCUGCUGUACACUCUUGUUUUUUUGUUCUUUAUUCUCUGUAUUAAUUUAUCAGUUUUAUGGAUAUAAUGUGUGUGUAUGAGUAUGUUUGUAUGGUGAGAUAGUUAUUUUGUGUAGUCCUGAAUAGGUCUGCUGCUGUCUUGAGGAGUUGAUCAUGCUUCCUUCCGCAGAAAUUUCAUAUUUUUCCAAAAGUGUCUUGAAUAGCUGUAAAUUCUUUCUAGCAUUGCAAUCUGCCCCUAGACCAUACAGCCUUUGAACACUUCCCACUUGAUUCUGUCAGUAAUGAUUUGCUACAGCCUUGAUCUCCCACACUGUUCCAGCUGUGGCUGCGACUUGCUGUCAUUCACCUCACUAGCAGAAACUCACAACACUACCAGAAAUCUGCUGUUACAAUGUUCCCGUUGUCCCCUGAGUUACAUCCGCUCCCAGGUUGGGGCUCAGUAGAAAUGAUCCCUUUUAGCUGGAGAUGUUGUGGUGCUUUAAGUGUAUCUCUGCCUGCUGACCUGCCGAAUGGGGUUUUGACCUGGAUUUGUUGUCUUCAAGCUUCUAUCGUACUGUCAUUGUGUUUUGUUUGUCACUUUUUUUUUUCUUUUUUUUUUUUUUUUACAUGAAGGCUACCAUUGCAAGUUGCACUACUAUUGUUGAUGCUACUUGGUUUGUUGUUCUGAUUAAACUUGAAACACUGGAAUCACAUGUCAGUGUUGCAUGUCAUACUUAAAUACAGGGAUUUUCAACCUCU